CUCAGUCACUUUGGGCUGUUGGGUCGGGUUUGGACUUUGUACCGACUCUGAGAGCGUGAAAUCUCACUUCUCAACGGUGUCGAAGACAGAGAAUGAAUCACAAAUUCAGAGGGAGACAGCCGACGGGGACUCCGUCGUUGGCGUGGUCGAGCGUCGUAGUCGUUGCUUCUCUUCUUGCCGGCGCCUCCGUCGUCCACAACAUCUUCAAGCCUGAUUUGACAUUGCCUCCAGUAGACAGUGUUGAUGGAGUUAAGCAGGAGCAACCCAAGAAAGAAUGAACUUUUUUAUUUUUCGCAAACCUGUAUGUGUAGGUUUGGGUUUGAUGAAAAGGGAAAUUAAUGUGGGAUGUGUUGUUCUUGAUUUAGACAUUGUGUUAUAAAUACUGAUAGCAUUGGAAGUUUUUCUUGAGAAUUUUUCUUGAACUGGUUGCCAUGUUGAGUUUUUUGUAUGUUUGAUCAAUAUAAAACUGAUUAAUUAGAUUUUGUUGUUUA